AUGGAUCACGCACACAUGGAUCACAGCGGCAUGAGCCACAGUGGAAUGGACCAUGGCCACGGAGGAGGCAUGAAGGAUAUGUGCAGCAUGAACAUGCUGUUCACUUGGGAUACCACCAAUCUCUGCAUCGUCUUCCGCCAAUGGCACGUUCGCUCGACAGCCUCCCUCUUCUUCUCUCUCGUCGCUGUAAUUUUCCUCGCCGUCGGCUACGAAGCUCUCCGUUCCCUCUCGCGACAGUACGAAGAAGCCCUCGAUAAUCGCGUUCGAGCCGCACCCAGACAAUCCCAAGGACAAGCCGAUCAGCGUGCUCACCUCAUCAAGGCUGUCUUAUAUGGCCUGCAGAACUUUUAUGCGUUCAUGCUCAUGCUCAUUUUCAUGACAUACAACGGCUGGGUUAUGGUUGCUGUUUCUCUCGGUGCAUUCCUUGGAUAUCUAUUCUUUGGAAAGCGAACUUCUGCUACCAAGGACAACGCAUGCCAUUAG